AAAAACAAAAUAACAUCACUGAACGAAAACAAUUUGCAAAAUUAAUAUAAUAUAUAGAAUAUAAAAAAUCUCAAGUAUAUUUUUCCGUUUGACUUUCUGAAAUAGAUUUUUUACUAUAUAAACAUUUAAAUAAUGCAGUAAUUUUUCAUUGUAAUAAACCAAAGGAUAUAAUUUUUAUUCAAAAAUUAUUUCAUAAAAAUGAUAUUCAAGUGUUAACUUUAGAAGUGGAAAAUCAUAAAUCAUAUCAAAUUAGUAAUUACAAGUCUAAAGUUGGGGUAAUAGUGGAUGCAUCAUGUGACAGUUGGCCACUAAUUUUCAAUGAGUUUAGUACUGAAAAACUAUUUAAAAGUUCUUUCAUUUGGGCUGUAAUGACAGAAGAUUUGUCCUCAACCACUCAUGUAUUAUACCAGCAACCAAUAGAUAUUGAUUCGGAUGUGGUCAUUGCUUAUAGAAAUGGUAAAAUAUACGAUCUUUAUGAAGUAUACAAUACAGGAUAUUAUUCCAAUGGUAUCUAUAAAUUAAGGAAAGUAGGUCACUGGAACGACACACUUCAUUUAUGGAAAUCGCCUAGAUAUGAUAUGAGUGGGGUGAUUUUGAAAUGUCCACUGGUCAUAACGGAGAAGGUGGUAAAUGAAACCUACGAAGAUUAUUUGAUUAGACCGAAAAAAUCGCAUAUUGAUAGUUUGCAUAAAUUGAAAUUUUUUACUGUGCUAAUGUAUUUGCAGGAAAUGUUUAAUUACAGUUAUGAACUCAGGCGGGUUCUCUCUUGGGGCUACAACCGUAAUGGUAGUUUUGACGGCAUUGUUGGAGCACUGCAGCGACAGGAAGCAGAUUUGAGCGGAAGUAGCUUAUUCUUCAGGUCGGAUAGAGCUACAUUAAUCGACUAUAUUGUUGAGACGUGGCCGUCAAGGCAAUGUUUCAUAUUUCGUCAUCCAAAACACCCAGGAGCCUUUUAUACUGUCUUCACCAGACCCCUGACUACUGAAGUAUGGUAUUGUAUAAUAUGCAUGCUCGUUAUUUCGGCCACCAUUUUGGGGAUAAUGUUUAAGUUGAAGACACAAAGAGUAAAUGACGAUGCAGAAUCCUCAUUUAGUUUGGCUUUCUUAUUUUCGUGGAGUGCUAUAUGUCAGCAAGGAAUGGGCAUACAAAGCCGUACUAUGAAGGCGUCGAUGAAGAUAGCUGUAUUGGUUAUAUUUGUGUAUGCAUUAACGCUUUACCAAUAUUACAAUGCAAUAGUUGUCUCAACGUUGCUACAUGAAUCUCCCAAGAAUAUCAGAACUUUAGAGGACCUUUUGAAGAGCAAUAUCAAGGCAGGCGCUGAAGAUGUUUUGUACACCAAGGAUUAUUUUAUGCGUACAACCGAUCCAAUAGCACUUGAAAUUUAUAAUAAAAAAAUCGCUACUAGUAAUCAUUACAACUUUUUCUCGCCAUCGUACGGGAUGGCGCGCGUCAAACAGGGAGGAUUCGCUUUGCAUGUAGACAGCGUUGUGGCUUAUAGAAUAAUGAGGGGAACAUUCACUGAGAGAGAGAACUGCGAGGUUCAGGAGAUAGAGAUGUAUCCACCACAAAAAAUGGGCGUGGCCGUUAAGAAGUUGUCUCCGUAUAAAGAACAUAUUACUUAUGGUAUUCGCAAGAUGUAUGAGUCCGGUAUCUUCUGGCGACUCAAGUCAGUGUGGGACGAGCCUAAGCCGCCGUGUGUGAGCACCCCGGACAGCAGCGCGUUCUCGGUUUCCCUGCGCGAAGUCGCCAUAGCUUUUAUUUGUCUCAUCGUUGGAGCCGUUCUAUCUGCCGCAGUACUUACCUGCGAAAUACUAAUAUACAGAGUGAAGGGUAGGCGCGUGGAAUUCAGACAUUAAAGUAUAAUUAUAUUUUUCUUUGGUUCCAUGGUUAGGGGGCAUUCAUGUAUUAUGUGACGAAAUUUUUGAGCCCCCCCCCCCCCUCCUCCAUGUAAUGGGCUGUAAUAUUUUUUCUGUACAUCUUCUCUAAAUGUUAUGUAACACCCAAGUGACUUUUUUUGUACCUAAGUCAACACUAAUGAAUACUAACAACGGAAACAAAAACUUACGUUCCCAAAAAAAUGAAAAGGGUUGCCAACUUGGAAGAUUUUAAUUCCUUACUUUUUAUUCGAAUAAGAACAAUGUUAUAGCAAGCGUUGUUCGAACCCCUUCUCCCGCCUCUGUAACGCAUCAUAACGUUUUACAAGACUACAUCCCCCAAAUUGCGUUACGUAAUACUUGAACGUCGCCUUGAAUUGACGCAAAAUUUUCUUUUGCUUUAUAUUUGCAUAAUUCGUGUGUAUUUGUAAGCAAUUUUAGGUUUUAUUAUAACUGAAACAACAUUUACUCGUCGCUUCUCGGACUUAAAAACCUGGACAAUAUAAAGGGAAAUUGGAUUCACACGAAGUCGUCUGAGCGGGCUAUUACACACAUUUUAAAAUGAAGUCCUAACGAGAGUUAAUUUCCUUUUUUUUUUAAUAAUGUAAUAUAAUAUUUAUUAGUGUCAACCUUAUUUCCGUCUAUGAAAUAGCAACGAUGCGACUUCGUCGUAAUUGAUGUUUCUAUAAUUGACUUAUUGUAGUGAAUACGCAACUUUAUGUGUAAUCACAUGUACUUAAAAGUAGUUUUUUGCUUGUUACUUUAUACACGUGGAUUUCAGAGAUAGCAACACCAGUAAAAUAGACAACUUCUAGAUAUCGUAUCAAUAUACAACAUACAUAGAUUUUAUUAGAUCUCCUAGGUAUACAACUGUGAAACCGGUGAAACUACAUCCAAUUUGGUACAGUUCUUUUGGCGUAAUGUGGUAAUAAAUAUACAAAGCUAAAUAAGAUCUAAAUAUUGUUUUGGCUAUAUUUAUAUAUUGUUUUUUUAAGAAUCCUCAUAUAUUUUUUUAAAUAAUAUAUAUUAAAUAUAUAUACAGGCGUCGUCUAGUUAAAAUUGUAUGAUAUUAGUAAGAUAAAAGUAAUAAAAACCAGCACUAUAUUUAAGAUUGGAUCAUUGCUUUUCGUAUUCGUAAGGGUACCAUAAAUAUUAUAACAAAUUGUUUUAAAUAUGAUGUUAGUAUAUAAAUAAAAAAUAUACACAAAC